AUGGCAUCCGCUGUACCGACGUCUGAAUCAGAGGUAUCGGCGGAGGCGGCCACCCUUGUUUGGUGCUACGAGGGGUGUAUGAAGUCGGAGCAGCAGAACCAGCGUGCGGAAUUGCAGAACAUAGCGGGCAGCUGUGGCUGCCGAUGUUCGUUUUACAAGAAGGCCAUCGGCUUCCUCAGGUGGAUGGAGCGCAAGGCGCGUGGAGCCAUCAUACUCAUCGUGGACUGGCGGGAGGUUAAGCCCAUCGUUGAUGGACUCUCUCCUCUGCAGCUCCAGGAUGUCCAUAUCUACGUCACCACGCGGUGUGAGAAGUCCCUUCUCAAUGCCCAGAGUUGGGUCAACCACCAGCGCAGGCUGUGUGACAUAUCCGUGCUGGAGAAGAUCUCCGAGGACAGUGUGGAGAAGUUGAUCCGUUACCACGUGGGAGAAACAUCCAGCAAAGACGUCCUGCACAAGCCACCCAAAAAGUUUGGUGAUGCGAAGGUAUUGCCAUUAUCUCAGCAGAUUCAGCAAAAGUCUGUGGAGAUCUCUUGGCUUUGCUACGGCAGUCUUGUCAGUGCCGUGCAAGAUCCAAAGGUGGCAGCGGAACUGGUUCUCCACAUUCCAGGGGAGGGCGACGUCAUGCUGCUGCGGGCACUGGAGAGGGCUGCACUUGCCGUGGGAAGCAUCGCCGCUCCCAUGCUGCUCCGUUCUCUGGUGCCUGUACUCGCGAAGGUGGAGGAUCGGCACGCGGACGUGCGCAACGCGGCGGUGGCGGCGAGUGAAGCCCUGCUGAAAGGCUCUGAUCCAUGCGCCUUCGAAGCCAUCCUCCCGGCGCUCAAGGCGGGCCUGGAGCCCCGGCGGCCACCGAGACAGAAGCUGCACGCCCUGCGACUGUUGAAGCUUUGCUGGCGCCGUGGGGCGGAUGGUGCCGCUGCUGUCGCCGAAAAGCUUCCGGAGCUCCUCCCUCUUACAACCGCCUUGCUGAUGGACACGAGUAACGAGGUUCGCCUGGACGCGUCAGAAGCGACCGACGUCCUCAUGUCGCUAUGUGCGAACUCAGACCUGGAGCCGCACCUGGACGAGAUCAUCAGCUGCGUGAAGGGCAAGAAGGAUGUCAGCAAAUGCCUGCGCGAUUUGGCAGAGGUUGUCUUUGUCCAGCGGGUGACGGCUCCUGCACUUGCAGUGGUGCUGCCAGUUCUCAGCUCUUGCCCCAGAUUCCCUUUCUACUGCGCUGCGUUCGCUGGGAAGCUCCAACUCCACCUCUAG